AUGACACAACACCAAAAUUCCACAACCCCAAACACUCCACCAAUGCAAUCGCCUUACCUUUCUCCGGCUCCCUCCAAAUCGAUGUCCUCUCCACUACACUUGGCGUCAUCGCAUCCAUCUCCGAUGUCUACAACAUUCCCCAACAACCCUCUCAACGCGUCCACCAUGUCGUACAUGUCUACUUCACUCGAUUCCGGCUUCUUGCCGUCGCCGGCUCUGUUCCAGGACUGGCUCUCGAGUACUUCCGAGAUGAUUAAACCAAUGGACUCGGCUUUCUUUCAAGAGUGGCUAUCGUCUGAUUUCGACAAAUUUCCCGAGAGUGAUGACACCUCUUCGCACACCACGCUUAACAGUCAGACCGUGUCUCCGAUUCUAUCGAGUGAUGUAACGAGUCCGAUGACCGUUGUAGGUUUCGAUAAAGUUGGAAGCAUAGGCGAUCUAUUUGGAUCACCAUUGUUCGAAAAUAUAAAUUGCCAUGCCGAUGAGAUGGGCGAGUUGUUUCCAGAGUUGGCAGAAGGAAACGGAGCGCAGGCAUCUAACACGUUUAAUAACACAAAUGGAAUCUCAUCCUUGGACCGACUUGGUGCUUCUACGAAUGAAAACCAAAUAUCGGAAGAUUUGGGUGGGAAAACAAAGCUCAAUACGAGAUUGACAAAAAUUGCACCCAAUCCGGGUGUGUAUACGCUUGGUCCUAGAAGAAUAGGCGUUGGCGUACACAAAGCGUCUGGUGUUGUUUCCUUAUCUUCUAAUAAUGGAGUAAUCCAACAAAGCUCAAUGUCACAGAAACCUUUUGUUCAGAACGCUCCUUUCUCUCCUUCUUCUCCGGUAUCUUCCACAUCGACUCCUAUCUCGCUUCCAUCCCGAUCACGGAAACGCUCUAGCUCCGAGAUGCAGAAGUCUUCCGACUCCCUCGCCGAAGAGCUCGCCAUCAAGCGUGCAAAGAAUACCGAUGCCGCGCGACGUAGUCGUCUUCGCAAGGUUAUGAAAAUGGAAUCACUUGAAGUAGAAGUCAGUCGGCUAAAAGAAAAUACAAAUGAUUUAGAGAAGAAGAUUGCUGUAUUGGAAACGAGCUUAGAUGUUUGGCGACGCCCCGAGGUAUUCUGCGAAUACUCGGCAUAUCGCUUCUUGUCGUUGGACCAGAAAACACGCCCGAUCAAAUGUUCUUGUCAUGCCUGUAAAAUAAAUAACGAUUAUGCCCAAACGCAGAAAAUUAAGUCCAGUCUCGGUUUGAUCAAUAAAAAGACCGUGUUAUUGGGAGUAGGCUGGGCUCUGUUCGCGUAUAUAUGCUAUCAGAUUGCCAAUACAACGGUCGAUUAUCAGAUUUGGGAUCCGUAUCAAGUGUUAGGGUUGAGCGAGGGAGCAACGAUGGAGGAGAUUAAAAAGCAUUAUAAGAAGCUCAGUCUGAAAUGGCAUCCUGAUAAAGUUUCAGAAGAGAAUAAGCAAGAGGCUGAGGCCAUAUUUAUCGAAUACACUAAAGCAUACAAAGUUCUAACGGAUGAAGAAAUCAGAAAGAAUUAUGAAGAAUGGGGCCAUCCGGAUGGAAAACAAGCAUACACAAUGGGAAUAGCUUUACCUAAAUGGAUAGUUGAAGCACAAAAUAACGUAUAUGUCCUUGGAGUAUAUGGGAUUCUAUUCGGGGUAUUUCUCCCCUACUAUGUGACAUUUUUUAAAGGCGUUAACAAAAAGACUAGCAUUGGAUCUUUAUUAGAGCUUUUAUCGGCUUCGACGGAAUUUGAGAUAUUAGUUAAACAACGUCCAUCAGACCAGGUGACUGUGCCAAAAAUAAUAUCUGCAGUCAAAGGCGAGUUAGACAAAAGAUUUGGAGAGAAGUAUGAACAGAGUAAGAAGUACAAUAGUCCGUACUGUCAGAAAGCACAUGCUUUAUUAUGUGCUCAUCUCUUAAGAGUUAAAGUUGAAGAUGAGAAUCUUUCAAAAGAUCAAAAGUUCAUAAUAGAAAGAUCACUCUAUCUUAUUAAUGGACUAAUUGAAAUUUCCCUUGCCCAUCGUUGGCUUCCAACCACGCUCUCUUGUAUGCGUCUUGCACAACAACUUGUGCAAGCAGUAUGGAUAGAAGAGGAUCCUAUUGUUCAACUGCCAUACAUCACACACGAAAAACUCAAAUCAAUGCGGAAGAAGAAGAAAAGUAUUGUACAGUUGAGACAAAUGAAUGAUGAAGAGAGAAAAGGUGUAUUAAGUAACUUUACUGACGAAGAGUAUGAUGACAUACUGCGUGUCGCUAAAGCUUAUCCAAUGAUGGAGUUAGACGACGUUGACUUGAAAGUUGUUGGGGAAGAACACGUGACUCCAGGUUCUAUAGUCACAUUUACGGUGACAUUGAGUAUAAUGGGUAGCGGAGAUUCCAAAUCCAAUUCCAAAGCAAAGGCUGAAAUAGUUUCAGGAUCUAGUAACAGUCUACUAAUACUGGGUGAUGACGAAGAGAAAUCCUACGACUACUCAAUAUUCAAAGAACAAAAUACCGAACCGAGUCCAUUAGCACAUGCACCAUACUUUCCUUGUGAAAAGAAACCAUGCUGGUGGAUUUUUAUAGCUGAUGAAAAGCUAAACGCAAUAAUCGCUGAUCCAGUGAAGGUCUCUGACAUUGUAACAUCCAAAACUAUCAAGCUAAUGUUCCAAGCACCACCACAACCAAAUAUUUAUACUUAUACGGCGUUCAUUAAGUGUGAUUCUUACAUCGGCACAGAUCUCAAGAAGGAUUUGAAACUUAAUGUCAGAGACCCUGCUGAACUUCCUCCGGAACCAGAAAUUGAUGAAGAAAUCUCCGAGCCAGACGAAGAAUCAUUUCAAGGGCAAAUGAAACUCAUGCGAGAACAAGGCCUUGCAGCAGCCGUUGCUGGUAAUGAAGGUAACAAAAACGACUCGUCCAGCGACAGUGAUAGCGAUUAG